UGUUUUUAUUUGUUGUGGUUUGUUUUUUGCUUGGAUUGACAAUGGCGAUUGUUGUAACCGAUGCUAUUGAUUCUGGAAUUACGACUACAUUUGUGGCUCUUGCUGAAGACCCUGGCGCCUUGGCACGGACAAAGCCCCUGCUAUUCGAAAAAUUCCGUCAAAGAUGGCCUCGUGUUGUUCAAGGAAUUUAA